GUAGAAAAUAAAUGAACAAAGGUUUGACUAGACCGCCAACGUCGCCGCCGGCCAUGGCGGUGCAAGACUCUCGCCGCCUUAAGAAACUCCGGGCGGCAGCUUCCGCAAAUUCCUAAACCAAAUUCAUCUCGAAUUCACGCCGAGACAAACUUCAAGUUUUCUGUAGUGGUCAUCUUCGGCGUUUGCAGCGUUUUCUCUGGAAUCGGUUUCACUCUCAGAAACUUCUACCGCCAAAACGUUAUCUGUAAUGCUUCUUGUUGUACUGUAAGCAUUUUUUCUCAUCGACUUCUUCCAUUUCGGAUUUUGUCGGUAAUUGACUGCAAUGGCUCUACUAGGCCCUGUGACUCACGCUCAGGUUUCAUGUCUUAUCGGAUUUGUAUCCGUUUUCAUUGCGUGGAUUUAUUCGGAGUACUUAGUAUUUAUAAAGAAGUCGAUCUCUUCCAAAGUAAGGCAUUCUGAUAUUGGCUUGGCUGAGGUAGAAAGUCUUACUGGAAAGGAAGAUGAUAGAGCUACCUUAUUAGAUGGGGAGGCCAUCAAGUCUAUUCCUUCUGGAGCUCGAAUUCCACAUUCCUUCUCUAGUUUUAUCAGGUUCAUUAUGCUGAAAGAAUCAUUCUUGAUAGAAAAUCGAAUGUUACUCAGAGCAGCAUCCGAACUUGGUCUUCUUUUAGCAUACUUCUACAUCUGUGACCGUACUGAUAUAUUUGGAACAGGAACAAAGAGUUACAAUCGAGAUCUUUUCGCCUUCCUCUUGCUUCUUCUCAUCACAGUUUCAGCAAUUACUACAUUCAAGAUACAUCAAGAUAAAUCACCAUUUUCAGUGAAACCCUUGCUCUUUUUGAAUAGGCAUCAAACGGAGGAGUGGAAAGGAUGGAUGCAGGUAAUUUUUCUGAUGUACCAUUACUUUAAUGCAAGAGAAAUUUACAAUGUGGGUCGUGUAUGUGUUGCUGCUUACGUGUGGAUGACUGGAUUUGGAAAUUUUUCAUAUUACUAUGCUCGUAAAGAUUUUAGCCUCUCUAGAUUUGCUCAGAUGAUGUGGCGGCUUAAUUUCUUGGUGUUUAUGUGUUGCAUUGUCCUGGACAACAGUUACAUGUUAUACUACAUCUGCCCCUUGCAUACUUUCUUCUCUCUCGUGGUAUAUGGCAUUAUUGGUGUUCUUCACAAGUACAAUGAGAUUAGAGCCGUCAUUGUUGUGAAAUUUUUUGUUUCCUUUUUGGUCGUUGUCCUGGUGUGGGAAAUACCUGGAGUGUUUGACGUCCUUUGGGAACCAUUUACCUUCCUUCUAGGAUAUAAAGAUCCAAAUCGAAAGGCAGAAAACUUGCCCCUUAUGUAUGAGUGGCACUUCCGCACGGCGCUUGAUCGAUAUAUUUGGAUAUUAGGCAUGAUAUACGCAUACUAUUAUUCAUCUAUUGAGAAGUGGAUUGAAAAGUUAGAUGAUGCAAAACAGAAGCCCAGGAUACUUAUCAAAACGACAAUUGUUGUGACAUCUGCAACGGCCGCAUAUCUAUGGUUUGAGUACAUAUUCAAAUUGGACAGCAUUACUUACAACAAAUAUCAUCCUUACACUUCUUGGAUUCCCAUCACGGCCUACAUAUGUAUACGAAAUGUUACCCAGAGUUCCCGUAGCUAUACGUUGACCCUUUUCGGUUGGAUUGGAAAGAUUUCACUGGACACAUACAUCUCGCAGUUCCAUAUUUGGUUAAGAUCAAAUGCUCCUGAUGCCCAGCCGAAGAAGUUGCUUAUUAUCAUCCCAAAUUAUCCCUUAUUGAACUUCAUGUUUACGAGUAUCGUAUUUAUGACGAUUUCUUACAGGCUCGCUGAGCUGACAAAUACAUUUAAAAUGGCUUUUGUACCCAACAGGGACAAUAAGCGCAUUAUGCAUAACAUAAUUACCGCAGCAGCAAUCAUGGGCAUCUUAUACUCCUUGUCAUUUCUAUUCCUUUAAGUUUCUCCAAUCUUGGUUUGAGAAUCGAUGAUAAUGAAAAAUUGUACAGAAAAGAAAAGCACUGUAGUGCACUAUAAUUUUAUGUGGAAGACACAAUGGAGCAGUGCUGAAUUACAUAAUAUUCUCAUAAGAAAAGGAGAAGAAAAGAAAGAAAAAUGGAAAUUCAUUUGAUUGGUUAAUCCACUUUGUUCUUAGUAGUUUAUUAAUUGAAAUAAAGUACAUUACUGAAGAUUUAGAC